AUGCUUCUAACUGAAAAAGAGCCUUUCUUUCCUGUCUUAGUAGAAAACCGAAAUAUAUUUAGAAAAUUUAAGAGAAGAUAUAAUUCUACAUAACCUAUGGAACGGAGAAUAGAGUAAUCAAUAGAUUCCUUUUAUGAAAAAUCUCUUUUUGUUUAGAAGAAAGAAUUGCAACUUCGAACACUUGAACCUAAAAAAUAAUAUGUAGUCAAACCACCUAAAACAAUAAUACUUAAAGAGAACAUACCUUAAGUACUAAGUUUUGACAAAAUGUUAAUUGCAUUUGUGUAGUUGAAUAAUCAAGAAAAAAAUUAGCAAAAUGUGAAGAAAAAGACUCUUAAAAUUAUAACAUAACAUCAAGAAUUAGAUGUACUUGAGGAAGAACAUAAAUGUAAGAGAUUAGGUAAAAUAUAGCUCUCCAAAGUCGUUUCUUUACAGAAGUAUAAUCGUAUCUCAAUGAAUGUUAUAGAUUCUGAAAUUUUAAUUUAUUUAUUAUGCAAAUGUUUGAACUCAUCAUUUGUUAUCGAAAGCAUCUAAUUGCUGAUCAAAUUUAUGAGAUUAGAUUCACUGAUAAUACUCUCACAUUAACAAAUGUAAAUUUCUAUUUACAAUCUCUAUAGCCCAAGAGACCUGAUACUCCUAAGUACAUCCUCCCUUUAAAUUGGUCCUCCUAAAUUACAUGGCAACUGACAUCUAAAGAAAAUGCUUUUGGCUUUUGGACAUCACCCAAAAAAUUUAAAUGGUUUCAUGCUAAACAAAGUGACUUACUCAUUUUAAAGAAGAUUCUUUCCAAAUUUGUUUCAUUCACUAAAGUAUAAGACUUUUAUGAAGCCACAGAACAUUUGGCUAGUGGUAGCAACAGUCAAGUUUAUCAAGUUGUGAGAAAGAGUGAUAAAAAUGAUAAUUUUGUCACAAAAUGUAUUACUAAAGAAGCAAUUUAGAACUCGGUUGAAAAAAUGGUACAGCAGAAGUCUUAUUUAAUUAGAAUGGAAUUUUCGAUGAAUUAAAUAUCCUUAAACAGUUAAAUCAUCCUAAUCUGCCUCGUUUUGAAGAGUUCUAUGUUGGAGAUGGCACUUAUUAUAUAGUUUUAGAAUAUUGUAGGGGGCAAAGUUUAAAUUCAUACAUUAAAGAAUUAAAACAUUAAUUAAAUGUAAGAAUUAUUUAGAAUAUUCUAUGGGAAUUACUUUAGGGUAUUGCUUAUUUGCAUUCUCUAAAUAUCAUGCAUAGAGACAUAAAACCUGAGAAUAUUAUAUUAAAUAUUCAAGAAAAAAAAAUAGAUCUAAAAAUUGUAGAUUUUGGUCUCUCUGUAAAACUUGAACCCAAAAAAGAACUUAAGAAAUGUGGAACUCCAGGUUAUGUGGCUCCUGAGAUAAUUAAUUUAAAAAAUGGAAAAUAUGGAUUAGAGAGCGAUAUUUUUUCUAUAGGAUGUGUAUUCUAUAAAUUGUAAAUUUAUUUUCAAAUUUAUAAGGUUAUUGAGAAAAGAUUUAUUUUAAGGGGAAACUCAAAAUGAAAUAUUAUCAGCUAAUAGAAGAUGCCAAAUUAAUCUUUAAAAUUUAUCAUUAAUCCAUAUCCCUAUAACUGCUUAAAAUUUAUUAUCAGAAAUGUUACAAGAAGAUCCUAGAUUAAGAAUCAAAGCUACAUCUGCUUUGUAACAUUCUUUUUUUAGAGAAAAUUUCAGAAUCAGUACUCGUAAUAUUCCACUUACAUUUUCUAAUAAUAGGGCUAGCUUUCUCUCUUAAAAAUCAAAUACUAAACAGCAACAAAGUGAUGAUGAAAUUGUAGUAGAUUAUUUCAAUAAUGAAUUACCUCCUAUUAAUCAAAUUCCUGUUUUUUUAGAAUAUCAUAAAAAUGGACAAAAAAUAAGUUAGAAUCAAGAAAAUUUAAAUUCUUAAUCCACAGAUUCAAAAUUUAUGUUUCGAAAUGUCUCAAAAUCAACAGGUUGA